UCGUGAGACCCGAAAACCGCGUAGAGUAAGAAGAAAGACAAGACAUGCGUCGAUCGGCGAGCGCCUCAAUAGUAUCCGACCAACUAUCAGCAAAAGCUCCGUCACCAUCACCGUCUCCGCCGAGAAUCCAAAGCGACACAGACUCGGAGGAUGUCCAGCUUCUUCUGCCCAGGUACGACCCAAACUCUUACCCUGGAAAGAAGGACAAAUCACGACUCAGAUCCGCCGAGAACGCUAUCCAUUUCAUCCCUCUCAUUCUCAUCCUCUGCGCCCUAAUACUUUGGUUGGUUUCGAAUCCAGUAGUAGCAAUGAUCAAACAGUGACGAUGGUGGAAGAGAAUGAUUGAUAACUUGAGGUGCAAGCCUUCAACGAUUUUGCAUUUUAUUCUUUGUAAUUGUUACUGCCUUUCUUUUGAGGUUCAUACAAAGGAUCUGGAACGUAUGCCUUUAGAUAAUCAAUCUCAUUAUACAGACAGAUCAAUGCCUAAGAAACUCAGUUUAUGUAUUUAGUAUAAAGACUUAACCA